AUGGAGUCUCGUCCUCCAAUCUAUUCGACGGCCACCAACCUCAAGCAGGGCUAUUCCCCGCCAUGGGAGGACCUGAGCAUUAUUGGUAUUGCUGGAAGCUCCGGAUCUGGCAAGACCUCAGUUGCAAUGGAGAUUAUUAGAUCCCUUAAUCUCCCCUAUGUGGUGAUUCUCGUGAUGGACUCUUUUUACAAGUCUUUGGGCCCUGAGGACCAUAAGAAAGCACAUCAGAAUGAAUAUGACUUUGAUUGUCCCGAGUCAAUUGAUUUUGACGUUCUGGUUCAGACCCUUAGAGACUUGAAGCAGGGUAAGAGGGCAAACAUACCAGUCUACUCGUUCAAAGAACAUCAGCGUCAGAAAGAGACAACGCCUUUGUAUUCCCCUCACGUGCUUAUACUCGAGGGCAUCCUAGCGUUGCAUGAUCCUAGAAUCAAUGAGAUGCUUGAUGCCAAGAUCUUUGUUGAGGCUGAUAUGGACGUAUGCCUCGGCCGAAGAAUUCUACGUGAUGUAAAGGAACGAGGACGAGAUAUUGAAGGCGUCAUCAAGCAAUGGUUUAAGUUUGUCAAGCCAUCAUACACAAAAUAUGUUGAGCCGCAACGACAGAUAUCGGAUAUCAUCAUUCCAAGAGGCAUCGAAAACAAAACAGCUAUUGGAAUGGUGGUUGAGCAUAUCAGAAGACGCCUAGACGAGAAAUCCGAGAAGCACAGUGCUGAUCUUGAGAAACUGCGAAAAUUGGCAGCAGAAGAAGAGUUCUCACCGAAUGUCUUGGUUGUGGAACAAACUUCUCAACUCAAGGGAAUGCAUACCAUUCUGCAGGAUCCGUCAACUGAACAAGUCGAUUUCGUAUUCUAUUUUGAUCGACUAGCGUCGCUUUUGAUCGAAAGAGCUCUGGACUGUAUGGAUUAUACCUCCGCGGUUGUCAAGACACCGAAUCAAGAGGUGUAUCACGGGGUACUACCGGCUGGCACAGUCUCUGCAGUCGCCAUAUUGAGGGGUGGUUCAUGUCUGGAAACAGCCCUAAAACGAACUAUACCCGACUGCAUCACUGGCAGAGUUCUCAUUCAAAUGAAUAAGCAAAUGUCGGCUCCUGAGCUUCAUUACCUCAAGUUACCACCCAAGAUUGAGACUCACUCUACUGUAAUCCUACUCGAUCCUCAAAUGACCACCGGAGGUGCCGCGUUGAUGGCAGUGCGAGUCUUGAUUGAUCACGGCGUACAGGAACACAGGAUAAUAUUUGUUACUUGUGCUGCAGGGAAAUGGGGACUGCAACGACUAACAGCCGUGUAUCCUGACAUCAAGGUUGUGGUUGGACGCAUUGAAGAAGAGGAGGAGCCACGAUGGAUGGAGAAGAGGUACUUCGGCUGUUAG